GAAUUUCCCCAGUCGUAUGUGGCAAAUACCACCUUCCCACUUGGUUUUGAACGCAGGAUAAAUAAGCAAAUCCAUUCUGGCCAGAGCUUCGACAUUCAAGUUGAUGUUUGUUCGGAUCCAGAAAGUCAUAACAAAACCAGUCAUUCAUUAUUUUACACAACUUUUCUUAUUACGGAAUCUCUGAACAGUCACUUCUAAAAAUGUCUUUCCAGUACCCACAUGCUUACCGUGACGAGGCAGUUGCAGAUGACUACCAUGGUAACAAGAUUCCUGACCCGUACAGUUGGCUGGAGGACCCAGACAGCGAGAAGACGCAGGCUUUUGUCAAUGCUCAGAACCAGCUGACGCUGCCCUACCUGGACCGCUGUGAGGUGCGGGACCUGUUCAAGGAGCGCAUGACGGAGCUCUAUGACUACCCCAAAUACAGCUGCCCCUUCAAGAGGGGGAGCAGGUAUUUCCAUUUCUACAACACGGGCCUCCAGAACCAGAGUGUAAUGUAUGUUCAGGAGAGUCUAGAGGCAGAGCCCACGGUCUUCCUGGACCCAAACACCUUCUCUGAGGACGGGACUGUCGCUUUACGAGGUUAUGCUUUCUCAGAGGACGGCGAGUACCUGGCAUAUGGCACCAGCGCCAGUGGCUCUGAUUGGGUGGAGAUGCACUUCCUGCGGGUGGAGGGGGCUGUGGCCCUAAAUGACCGGCUGGAGAGGGUGAAGUUCAGCUGCAUGUCCUGGACCCAUGACGGCAAGGGCCUCUUCUACAACUCCUACCCCAAGCAGGAGGGCAAAAGUGACGGCACUGAGACGUCCACAAACCUGCACCAGAAGCUCUACUUCCAUGUGUUGGGGACCCCCCAGUCUCAGGACUGCCUGUGUGCCGAGUUCCCCGACCACCCUAAGUGGAUGAGUGGGGUCGAGGUGUCAGAUGACGGGCGCUACGUACUGCUGUCCAUCAGGAAGGGCUGUGACCCGGUCAACCGGCUGUGGUACUGUGACCUUCAAACCACUCUUCAGGGUAUCACAGGCCUGUUGCCGUGGGUGAAGCUGAUAGACAACUUUGAUGCGGAGUACGAGUAUGUGACCAACGAGGGCACAGUGUUCACCUUCAAGACCAACCUGGUGGCCCCGCGUUACCGUCUCAUCAACAUCGAUUUUGCCCAGCCCGCCCAGGCCAACUGGAAGGAGCUCAUCCCCCAGCACGACAAGGACGUCAUCGUGUUUGCCACCUGUACCUACAACAGCCUCCUCUUUGUGUGUUUCCUGCACGACGUGAAGAAUGUGCUGAAGAUGUACCGUCUGAGCUCGGGGGAGGAGCUCAGGACCUUCUCUCUGGACGUGGGCUCUGUGGUGGGCUUCACCGGACGCAAGAGAGACUCUGAGAUCUUCUACUACUUCACCUCCUUUCUGUCGCCAGCCAUCAUCUACCACUGUGACCUGACCAAGGAGCCCCUGCAACCCCACGUGUUCCGCGAGGUCACCGUCAAAGGCUUUGACCCCUCCGACUACCAAACCACUCAGGUAUUCUACCCCAGUAAGGACGGCACAGAGAUCCCCAUGUUCAUCGUCCAUAAGAAGGGCCUGAAGCUGGACGGCUCUCACCCUGCCUUCCUCUACGGCUAUGGAGGGUUCAACAUCUCAAUCACUCCCAGCUACAGUGUAUCACGCCUGAUCUUUGUCCGACACAUGGGAGGAGUCCUGGCUGUGGCCAACAUCAGAGGAGGGGGGGAGUACGGAGAGACCUGGCACAAAGCGGGCAUGCUGGCCAAAAAGCAAAACUGCUUCACAGACUUCCAGUGUGCAGCAGAGUACCUCAUCAAGGAGGGCUACUCGUCCCCCUCCAAACUCACCAUCAACGGAGGGUCCAACGGGGGCCUGCUCGUGGCAGCGUGUGUGAACCAGCGGCCAGAGCUGUUCGGCUGUGCCGUGGCCCAGGUGGGCGUCAUGGACAUGCUCAAGUUCCACAAGUUCACCAUCGGCCACGCCUGGACCACUGACUUCGGCUGCUGUGAGGUCAAGGAGCAGUUUGACUGGCUCAUCAAGUACUCCCCGCUCCACAACAUACGCGUGCCCGAGGGUGAGGGUGUCCAGUACCCCGCUGUCCUCCUCCUCACGGGUGACCACGAUGACCGCGUGGUCCCCCUACACUCCCUGAAGUACAUCGCCACACUGCAGCACGUGGUGGGCCGCUGGUCGGGUCAGAGCAAUCCACUGUUCAUCCACGUGGACACAAAGUCGGGCCACGGCGCCGGAAAGCCCACCAGAAAGGUCAUCCAGGAGGUGGCCGACACGUACGCCUUCAUCGCCCGCUGCCUCAGCCUCUCCUGGGUCAAAUGAAGAGGGGGGGGGGGGGGGGGUUCCCUGGAAGUCUGUUUCUAGGGGAAGUGUCUCUAUCGGUGUCUUUUGAAGUUUCUUACUCGUUCUCGUUAUUAUUUUUUUAAUGAUCGCUAAUCUUUUUGUUCAGCUGUUCUCCUUCUCUCCUCAUCAUCACUACUGAUUUGUUCCUGAGCAGUGAUCAAUCUCUUCCUACCCGGUUGUCUGGCCUGUAUUAAUUGUCCCCGGUCUCCACUCCUCACCUCUCUUUCAAGCGAUUCACUAUGUAUAUCUAGAAGAAGAAAAACACAUCUCUGAAUAAGCUUUGUUGUACAAUUAGAGGUCAAAUCCACUGCAUUUAAAACCGUCAAAUAAUUAAAUGAAUUUAGAGUUUGUGUAAUUCUACCGAGGCUGAAUAUAUUCCUUCCAUAACCAUACGACCCACUAAACAUUAUUUCAUCAAAAUAGUUGUACCUGCUUUAUUUUCUUCUAUAAUCACUGAUCUGGCUUUCAGGUCUGUCUAUAAAAAUGAACUUUUUAUUACAAAUGUAACCAGAACCAUGCAUAAUGCACAUUCACUAAUAAUGUAGCAGGUAUUCUAGAAAAUGAACACCGGUCUCAAGCACAAGGCCACGUGCUAGUUAGUGCCCAGCUAAUAUUUAUAUUUCUAGUUCAGCGAACUUGGAUCUAGUUAUAAUUUCACUAGCUCUGGAUUCAGCUAACAAGGAGAACAGGUGAAUUGUUAUGAACACACCCUUCUGUCCCUCUCCAACUGUUUGAACAGCAUGCUAGCCUGUCCACUUUGUUCAGAUGUUGGAAUCAAGUGGCCUACUUUAUCUCUGAAUGAGAACGACAUGACAAUUCCUUCGUUUUAUGCUUAUUGCACAUUUAUAAAAGACUAGACAGCUGGUGUAAGUCUUUAUUUGACUAAAAUACUGCUAGUGAUACGUGGUACCAUAAUGCGCUUGUGACAAACUGAGCAUUUUCCAGGUGAAGGUUCCUUGGUAAAUUUGCUUUAGUAGUGUCUGCUCUGCUCAAAAUCUGAGGAGUUGAAACAUAAACAGGGUUUCAUUAGAAAGGUUCAUUUCUCUAUUACAGUAUAAUAAUUUCUCCAUGUGUUGUGGUGUCCAUAUGAUCCAUUCUGUUGGACCAAACCUCAAAUGCAAAUCGAGAGUUGAAACCGUUUGUCAGUGAUGAAGUGGUGAUCUCAUCUUUGUUGUUGUGUGUGUGGUAGGGGCUUGGGAGAAAGAGGCGAAGCGAGAGGUGUCACUCCAAUCUCCAAGCCCUAUGUGCUUAUUUUGAACUUAAGCUUGUCACCUGCCUUCCCGCCUUUGGGACAACGACUCCCAUUGUUAAGGUGGAAACAUGAGCAUCUAGUCAUUAUAUACUGAUGUCUGGUGUAAAUGUACACAGCACAGAAGGAGUGAAUGAGACUAAGAGGACAUAAACGCUCAUAAAAACAAAGAAUACGACAAAAACUUGGACCAGCCACAGGACUUACCCCCCUGUCUCCACCCCUCACCUCUCUGGCCCCAGACUCCUCCACCCCUCACCUCUCUGGCCCCAGACUCCUCCACCCCUCACCUCUCUGGCCCCAGACUCCUCCACCCCUCACCUCUCUGGCCCCAGACUCCUCCACCCCUCACCUCUCUGGCCCCAGACUCCUCCACCCCUCACCUCUGGCCCCAGACUCCCCUACCAAACCACAGGACUUACCCCUGUCUCCACCCCUCACCUCUCUGGCCCCAGACUCCCCUACCAGUCACAGGACUUACCCCCUGUCUCCACCCCUCACCUCUCUGGCCCCAGACUCCCCUACCAGCCACAGGACUUACCCCCUGUCUCCACCCCUCACCUCUCUGGCCCCAGACUCCCCUACCAACCACAGGACUUACCCCCUGUCUCCACCCCUCACCUCUCUGGCCCCAGACUCCCCUACCAGCCACAGGACUUACCCCCUGUCUCCACCCCUCACCUCUCUGGCCCCCUGUCUCCACCCCUCACCUCUCUGGCCCCAGACUCCCCUACCAACCACAGGACUUACCCCCUGUCUCCACCCCUCACCUCUCUGGCCCCCUGUCUCCACCCCUCACCUCUCUGGCCCCAGACUCCCCUACCAACCACAGGACUUGCACCCCCCAUGAGCCAACCACAGGACUUACCCCCUGUCUCCACCCCUCACCUCUCUGGCCCCAGACUCCCCUACCAGCCACAGGACUUACCCCCUGUCUCCACCCCUCACCUCUCUGGCCCCAGACUCCCCUACCAAACCUCCCUCUCGUCGCCCAUGAGCCAGCCACAGGACUUACCCCUGUCUCCACCCCUCACCUCUGGCCCCACACUCCCCCACCAACCCCAGGACUUGCACCCCCCCAUGAGCCAGCCACAGGACUCAGCUCUUCCUCAUGAGUCAUUCUCCUGUAUUGUCUCUAAUAGGUCAAACCUGGUUAAAGUGUUAGUUCAAUGUUGAGAGAUGGGUGAUACUUGGUUGGACUUAACUUGAACUGUAUAGUUUUAUCAGCCUAGAGGUCAAGGAUCAAGUCUGCAAAGGUCCUCAGUCGGGGAACAUGAAAUGAAAUGGCACCCAAUUGGUGCUCCCCCUACCACCACAAACACAGACAAUUGUAUGUGUUUAUCUAUUGGAAAGCUGUUUGUCAGUAGGUUAUUGAUUUCAGCACUCUUCAGUGUUAGCGUGAAUGAUGAUAGGUUUAGGUCAUUUUGUUUUGUGUUCAGGACUAAUGCAGAGUGUGUGUGUGACUGAUAUUAAUUUCUACCUCUUGGCAUGCUGAUUGUUAGUUUACCUAAUAAAGGGACAUAAACAACAACAAUGUACUACAAUGCCACAACUUCAAUAAACCGUUUUUUUGAACAGUGA